AUUGCUCCAAUCGUAUGUCGAGUGGUUCGACACCCGGGCGUCUUAAUCGAACUCCUUCCUCCUCGUGAUAGUUUUUCGCCAGCGAUAAUCAGUUUUUGGAGUUAAUUGCUCCAAUCGUAUAACGGGUACUACAAGAUUCUGAAAAGGGAAGCCAUGGACGAAGAAGAAAUCGAGAAAGCGGUGUUAGCUUACCUGAAGAAGAAGGGUUUUAAGCAAACGGAAUUGGCCUUACAAGAAGAGCAGCAACUGCGCAACAAAAACAGCUCUCCUUCCACCAAUCCUGAGAUUGCCAAACAUAUCCUCGCAUUAUCCGAUGCAGAAAAUGUUCCUGCUCAGUACCAAGAAGGAUAUAGCAAACUUAGGUCAUGGGCCCAUAAAUCAUUGGAUCUCUACAAGCACGAGUUGCUUCAUGUGUUGUACCCAGUAUUUAUCCAUUGUUUCAUGGAUCUCGUUGCAAAAGGUCAUAUUCAGGAAGCUCGAGCUUUUUUCAAUAGCUUCAGGGAAGAGCAUGAGAUGAUGCAUUUACGUGACCUCCAAAAAUUAGAAGGCGUUCUUUCACCCUCACAUCUGGAGGAAAUGGAAUUUGCUCAUUCUCUAAGACAGAGCAAAGUGAGCAUUAAGAUUUGUCAGAUGAUCGAGCCAAACUACAAACUGGAUGAGCUCACUAAAAGUUUUAACUUGGCUUGCUUGGCUAUGGAGUUGUUCUUAAAGGAGCUUCUGAUACUUUACUUUUCAUGGACAAUUAUUGUUAGUCAUUCAGGAAAUGGGAGGAUCAUUAUAUUGAUGACUCGCUCAUUUAGAGUUAUAAAACCAUUUAAAUUGUUACAGUUGCUUGAAGAUUCCUUGGGAGAAAGGUUGGAGACGACAGGAGGCCGGACUAUGGAUUCAGAUAAAGCUGAUGGAGAAGUGAAAGAUGGGGAAUUGGAAGAAAAUAAGAAAAGAUCAGUUGAUGGUGGAAAAGGAAGCUCCACGCAGAAAAAGUUGAAAAAGGACAAGGUUGUUGCUGCAACAGGAAAAGCUUCUCGAUCAGAAAGCAGCAUUGCAACUGGAGCACCACGUGUAAAACCAGAGUUGACCUUGCCAAUAAUACCUGCAGAGGUGGAACAUUCUAUUCUUGAGGAUUUGAGGAAUCGUGUGCAGUUGAGUAGUAUGACAUUGCCUUCUAUUAGCUUCUACACCUUUAUCAAUACACAUAAUGGGUUAAACUGUGCAUCGAUAUCUCAUGGUGGGUCACUGGUUGCUGGUGGAUUUUCAGACUCAUCAUUAAAGGUAUGGGACACGGCAAAGCUUGGGCAGCAAACUGGCAAUUCUUCUCUGCAGGGAGAAAAUGAGUUGGCUCCUAAUGACAAUAUACUUAAUGCAAAUGCAAAGGGAAGAUCUUAUACAUUAUUUCGGGGUCACUCUGGACCUGUUUAUUCCACCACUUUUAGUCCAUUUGGAGAUUUUCUUCUCUCUUCUUCAUCAGAUUCAACUAUUCGAUUAUGGAGCACAAAACUGAAUUCAAAUCUUGUUUGCUACAAGGGUCAUAACUACCCUGUGUGGGACGUUCAGUAUACUGUGAAUUUCUUUUUCUCUUUCAGACCUGCAGAGGUGGAACAUUCUAUUCUUGAGGAUUUGAGGAAUCGUGUGCAGUUGAGUAGUAUGACAUUGCCUUCUAUUAGCUUCUACACCUUUAUCAAUACACAUAAUGGGUUAAACUGUGCAUCGAUAUCUCAUGGUGGGUCACUGGUUGCUGGUGGAUUUUCAGACUCAUCAUUAAAGGUAUGGGACACGGCAAAGCUUGGGCAGGAAACUGGCAAUUCUUCUCUGCAGGGAGAAAAUGAGUUGGCUCCUAAUGACAAUAUACUUAAUGCAAAUGCAAAGGGAAGAUCUUAUACAUUAUUUCGGGGUCACUCUGGACCUGUUUAUUCCACCACUUUUAGUCCAUUUGGAGAUUUUCUUCUCUCUUCUUCAUCAGAUUCAACUAUUCGAUUAUGGAGCACAAAACUGAAUUCAAAUCUUGUUUGCUACAAGGGUCAUAACUACCCUGUGUGGGACGUUCAGUUUAGUCCACUAGGACACUAUUUUGCAAGUGCUUCACACGAUCGAACGGCAAGGAUCUGGUCUAUGGACAGAAUACAGCCUUUAAGAAUUAUGGCAGGUCACUUGUCUGAUGUAGAUUGUGUGCAAUGGCAUGCAAACUGCAAUUAUGUUGCAACUGGAUCCAGUGACAAAACCGUGCGCUUGUGGGAUGUUCAAAGUGGGGAAUGCGUUAGAAUUUUCAUUGGUCAUAGAAGUAUGAUCCUAUCCUUGGCAAUGUCACCUGAUGGUCGUUACAUGGCAUCUGGUGACGAAGAUGGUAAGAUCAUGAUGUGGGAUCUUGCAAGUGGACGUUGUGUUUCCCCUUUGGUCGGUCACUCCUCCUGCGUAUGGUCUCUUUCUUUCAGUUGUGAAGGUUCACUUCUUGCAUCGGGUUCUGCUGAUAGCACUGUGAAAAUAUGGGAUGUAACCAGGAGCUCAAAGGUGUCAAAAUCUGAAGAACACAAAAAUGGAAACACGAACAGACUCAGAUCCUUGAAGACCUUACCUACCAAAUCUACUCCAGUCUACGCUUUGCAGUUCUCUCGAAGGAAUCUACUCUUUGCGGCUGGGGCUCUCACCAAAAUUGCAUGAAAUUUUUUAUUGAUGAUGACCUCUCGAAGAUUGGGUUACAUUAGCCAGAGCAUAAUUUAGAAUGCAAUGCUAGUGUUGCAUCCUGUUGAAUUUUAUUGUUCCAGUUGCAAUAUUUUCAUUUUUCUUCUUGAUUUUUGUUGAGAAGUUUUGAUAUGAAUAUUCAUGUUUUAUCUCAAACAGUGGCCUUUGGUCUCACUCACAUUUUAA